AUGGAAAAUCUGAGUUUGUAUAUGCGAAAGCGUAUAAGGGAAUACUGCACCAACAAUAAGAUAGAACUCCCAGAAAUGACGGUGAAGAAUGGUUAUAUUAGCUUUAAGAGUCUCCCUUCAAAGAAAGACUUUGAUGGGAUUAUAGAAGUUGGUUUGGUGUUCAUAAAUGAUUUGAUGAGUGUAGUGGAGCUGAAGGAGCUAAACGAAGGAAAGCUAUCAUAUGGAAUGGUCACCUUAGAAGAGCUAUUAUGCUUAGGAACAACAAGUACUAGUGGAGAGAGUGUUACCAAGAAAAACGAUGAAGGUCGAAUAUGUCGAAAACGUGAUGCUGCUGACGGAGAAUCUAGGGAAACAGUUUCCCCAAAGAUGCCACGUGUUGUAGAAGAAGAAAAUGGAGAAACCUAA